GAUCGGGAAUCAAAAAAUUGUGGAGAAGAUGGAUGAUCGUAGCGAAGAAGACCAUGAUAUAGAGGUUGAAGGAGGAGCUUUUCAAGGUUACGAGAGGAAGAUAUCUGGGAUUCUAGACGAUGGAUCUGUCGGAUUUCGACAGCCUCUUCUCGCUAGGAAUCGAAAGAACACAACUUCUCAGAUCGCUAUUGUCGGAGCUAAUUCUUGUCCCAUCGAAAGCCUUGAUUACGAGAUCUUUGAGAAUGAUUUUUUCAAGCAAGACUGGAGGUCUAGGAAGAAGAUUGAGAUACUACAGUAUACGUUUCUUAAAUGGGCGCUUGCUUUUCUUAUUGGGUUAGCCACUGGGCUUGUUGGCUUUUUGAAUAAUCUUGGUGUUGAGAAUAUUGCUGGAUUCAAACUCUUGCUCAUUGGUAGUCUCAUGGCCAAGGAAAAAUAUUUUCAGGCAUUUUUUGCAUUUGCUGGUUGUAACUUAAUUUUGGCAACUGCUGCUGCUUCACUCUGUGCUUUUAUUGCUCCGGCGGCGGCAGGAUCUGGCAUACCUGAGGUUAAAGCAUAUCUCAAUGGGAUCGAUGCUUAUUCAAUAUUAGCUCCGAGCACCCUCUUUGUUAAGAUCUUUGGCUCUAUAUUUGGAGUUGCUGCCGGAUUUGUAGUCGGCAAAGAAGGGCCUAUGGUUCAUACUGGUGCUUGCAUUGCUAAUUUACUUGGACAAGGUGGAUCCAAAAAGUACCGGUUGACUUGGAAGUGGCUCAGAUUCUUCAAAAACGAUAGAGACAGAAGAGACCUGAUCACUUGCGGGGCUGCUGCUGGUGUAGCAGCUGCCUUCCGUGCUCCAGUUGGGGGAGUGCUUUUCGCCCUUGAAGAAGCUGCUUCAUGGUGGAGGAAUGCCCUUCUUUGGAGGACGUUCUUCACUACCGCAGUUGUAGCAGUGGUCUUACGAAGUUUGAUUGAGUUCUGUCGAUCUGGGAGAUGUGGACUGUUUGGGAAAGGAGGUCUCAUCAUGUUUGAUGUAAACUCGGGACCAGUGCUUUAUAGCACUCCAGAUUUGCUAGCAAUAGUAUUCCUUGGAGUUGUUGGUGGUGUGCUUGGAAGCCUUUACAACUACCUUGUGGACAAAGUCCUCCGGACAUAUAGCAUGAUAAACGAGAAAGGUCCAAAAUUUAAAAUUAUGCUUGUUAUGGCUGUUUCCAUUUUGAGCUCGUGUUGCGCAUUUGGUCUCCCAUGGCUUUCACAGUGUACUCCAUGUCCGACUGGCAUAGAGGAGGGCAAGUGCCCAAGUGUAGGUCGAUCCAGCAUCUAUAAGAGUUUCCAGUGUCCUCCGAACCAUUACAAUGACCUUUCCUCCCUACUUCUCAACACCAAUGAUGAUGCAAUCCGAAAUCUUUUCACAUCCAGAUCUGAAAAUGAGUUCCAUAUCUCCACCCUUGCCAUCUUCUUUGUCGCAGUAUACUUCCUUGGCAUCAUAACAUACGGCAUAGCCAUACCCUCUGGGCUUUUCAUACCCGUCAUUCUUGCUGGAGCCUCUUAUGGACGUCUAGUGGGUAGACUGCUGGGUCCAGUAUCUCAGCUUGAUGUAGGUCUGUUUUCUCUGCUUGGAGCUGCUUCAUUCCUUGGAGGCACAAUGAGAAUGACGGUCUCUCUUUGUGUUAUACUGCUCGAACUUACAAAUAAUCUCCUAAUGCUGCCACUGGUGAUGCUUGUACUCCUAAUCUCAAAAACGGUUGCAGAUUGUUUCAACAGGGGGGUCUAUGACCAGAUUGUAACAAUGAAAGGAUUGCCUUACAUGGAAGACCAUGCAGAGCCAUACAUGCGCAAUUUGGUUGCAAAGGACGUAGUUUCUGGAGCUUUGAUAUCCUUUUCGAGAGUUGAAAAGGUUGGGGUAAUAUGGCAGGCUUUGAAGAUGACAAGACAUAAUGGUUUCCCUGUAAUUGAUGAGCCACCUUUCACAGAAGCUUCUGAGUUAUGUGGGAUUGCCUUGAGAUCCCAUCUCCUUGUGCUUCUCCAAGGGAAGAGAUUUUCGAAGCAGAGAACAACUUUUGGUUCCCAAAUUCUGAGAAGUUGCAAAGCCCGUGACUUUGGCAAAGCAGGAUUAGGCAAGGGACUCAAGAUUGAAGAUUUGGAUCUAAGUGAUGAGGAGAUGGAGAUGUAUGUUGAUCUCCAUCCCAUCACUAACACAUCUCCUUACACUGUGCAAGAGACUCUGUCUCUAGCUAAAGCGGCUAUUCUUUUCCGGCAACUCGGCCUUCGCCACUUGUGUGUGGUGCCCAAAACACCAGGGAGACCACCUAUUGUUGGAAUACUGACAAGGCAUGAUUUCAUGCCGGAACAUGUACUGGGACUCUACCCUCACAUUGAUCCCCUCAAGUGAAUACGGUGAUAAAGAAUGGAGAUACAAGUCCCUUGAGAGUUCUCUAUAAAGAUCUACGAUGUAA